AUGUAAAACAAGAAAUUAAAAUGGAAAUCAGAUUUUGAAAAGUCUGUUAUAAUUGAAAACUUUGUAAAUAGAGGAUGGAUCAAAUCUUAAGAGAAAGAAGAAGAAUAAACAGAUUGGAAUGUCUAUUGGGCAACGGUGUGGAAUGUUCGUAAUAUCUUUAAUCCUAAGAAUGGAUUCAGACUUAAUGAUUAAGUAUACUCAAAUUAAUAUCAAAGUAAAUUAUUAAUCACUUUCCAAAUCAUUAUGAAUUAACACGCAAAGAUUGUAUGGUGAAAAAUCUUAAAAGAUUCAAAAGAGAAUAAGAUAAAGAAGUAUUGGAAACAUUCAAUUUUGACUUUUUGCCAACUACUUAUAUUUUCCCUGGAGAAUAUUCACUAUUUGUAGAAGAAUUUCAUAGAAAUCCAAAUCAAACUUGGAUUGUUAAACCAGCUGCUAGAAGUUAAGGCAAAGGAAUAUUUUUGUUAAGGAAAAUUUAAUAAUUAAAAAAAAUAUCAGGAACAACAGUAACAAGUAAUAUGACUUAAUUAAAUCUUGCUUCAAAGGAGAAUUAUGUUGUAUCUAGAUAUAUUGAUAAUCCAUUAUUAAUUGGAGGAAAGAAAUUUGAUUUAAGAAUGUAUGUAUUAGUUACAAAUUACAAACCAUUAAAAGUUUGGAUUUAUAAUAAAGGAUUUGGUAGAUUCUGUAAUGAAUAAUAUACUACUGAUGUUGCUGAAAUAGAGAAUAUGUUUGUACAUCUUACAAAUGUAGCUAUAUAAUAAUACAGUGAUAAGUAUUCUUAAAAACAUGGUGGUAAAUAUUCUAUUGAUGCACUCAAAUUAUAUGUAGAAUCUGCAUAUGGAACUGAUGCAUUAAAUAAAAUGAUGGAUGAUAUUCAUAACAUUAUGUUAACUUCAUUAAAAGUAAUUAUUUAAAUAUAUAUAUAUUUAGUCUGUUUAAGCUGUAAUAUAGAAUGAUAAACAUUGUUUUGAAAUGUAUGGUUAUGAUAUUUUACUUGAUUCAAAUCUUAAACCUUGGCUUAUAGAAAUCAAUGCCAGUCCAUCUUUAACUACUACAACACCUGUUGAUAAAAAUCUAAAAAUGAAUUUGAUCAAUGAUGUUUAUAAUAUAGUAUUACCAAAUGAUGAUUUCCCUGAUAAUGAUUAAAAAUGUAAUGUUAUAUUUAUUAUUUCUAAGAAUAACAACCUACAAAAGUAGGAGGAUUUACUCUUCUAUAUGAUGAGAAUCUAGAUCCUAAUAAUAGAAAGACUUAAAAAAGAUAGAGUGUUAAAAUAUGGAAAUGAAUUAUUAAAUUAAUAUUUAAAUACUUUUUCCUGUUAAAAAUUUGUAUAUUUGUAUUAUAAAUUUAAAAAUGCCAAGUAGGAGGCGAGCCAAAAAGAAGAAUAAAAGAACUAACAAAUGUACUAAUUAUUAUUGCAAUUCAAGAAUAAAGGUCGACAAAAGUAGAAAAACAAAAACCUGCCAAAAUUGAUUAUUAACCCAAACAUCUAACAAGAGCCUAAAGUAAAACCAAAGAACAAAAGGAACAUAAAAUCAAAUAAGAAUCCAUUAAGAGUUAAAACGAUUAAUAUAAUAACAAUGAAUAACAUCCUCAAUCUUAAAAUGAAAAAGGAAUUCCCGCUUCUUUAACAUUAACUAAUUUACAAGGUAUAUUAACACAUUGUGAUUGAUGAAGAGUGUUCCGAUCAAAUUUCUUAGAUUUCACAGUUAUUUACUCUCUAAAAAAGUGAAGUUCCAAAUAAUAUUUCCAGAUAAUUAAGUAAACCCAAGAUAAUGAGUAUUCGGGCUGCUAAAUUAACUUUCCCUGAAGAUUCUAAAGAAAUUCAAAUGGAUAUUGAACAAGAAGAAUGUCAAUUCAUUAAUCAGGCCAUGAUACAAACAAGAUGUAAUCUUUUGGGAAUGCCAAAAUAGAAUAAAUAUAAAAAAGAACAUUCACUAACAACAGAAAAAAAUUUCCCAUCUGAACAUUAUGAAUAAUCAACACACAUACAAAUCCCUCAUCCUGAUAAUAUUUAAUAAAAAUUAAUUUUGAUGGAGGAAUGUUUUACAUCCUUACUUGAAUGUACAGUUCCUGAUGAAAUUCUUUGUAGAGAUCAAGAAAAGAUUCUUAUAACAAGAUUUAUUGAGGAUGGCAUCAAAAAUAAUGGAUAAAAAUAAGCAUUAUGUAUAUUUACUUCAUUAAUAGAAUAGAUAUAUCAGGAGUUCCUGGAAUAGGCAAAACAGCUACAGUCUUAGAAGUCAAAAAUAAAUUAUUAUCCAAAAAACUAAACUUUGAGUUCAUUUAUUUUAAUGCCAUGAAUGUAGGAUCUCCUGAAGAUAUUUAUCCAUUCCUUUAUGAAAAAUUCACUAAUAAAAAAGAAACCUCUAGAAUCAAAUCUUGCAUCCUUUUAAGUACUUGAUUUACUUUAUUUUUAAGCUGAACUCUUCAAUAGUCAAUUAGAAACCAUCCAAUAAAAUAAAGUUGUUUUAUUAGAUGAAUGUGAUAAUCUCUAUACAACAGAUUAAUAAGUUCUAUAUAAUUUGGUUGAUUGGCCUCAAUAACCUUAAGCACAUUUAAUCAUAAUUAUGAUUGCAAAUACUAUGGAUUUUCCUGAAAGACUUAAACCUAAAUUAUAAUCAAGAUUAGGAAAUCAUCGUAUAGUAUUUAGGCCCUACAAUAGUACUUAAAUAGAGAGUAUAUUAUAAUAGAGGAUGAAAACUAAGAAAAUUAAAUAAUUAUUUGCUUCUAAUACUUUAAAUUAUUUGGGCAAAAAAAUUGCUACAAUUUCGACUGAUAUUCGUAAGACUUUAAGUGUUUGUAGAACAGCUAUUGUUUUGGCUAGGGAAUAACUCUUAAAGAAGAGUGUAUUUUCUUAAAUUGAUGUAGAUCACAUCAAACUAGCUUAUGAUAUGAUCUAUAAUAAACCUUAACAUAAUUCUUUGUAAUACUUUAAUGAUGAGUUGAAAUUACUUUUAAUAAUGAUUGCCCUUGAAAUUCACAUAAAAGGUUACAAUUAUGCAUAUUUUCAUCAAGUAAUCUAAAGAGUGAAUCAACAAAAAUAAUUGCAUAAAUAAGAUACUUUGAGUUAUUUUUAAAUGAAAUAAGUCUUAAUAAAAUUAUCUUAAUUAAACUUAAUAGAAAUUAAAGAAGAAUAAGUAUUAUUAACAAAAAGUACAUGGCAAUAAAAAAUACAAGUAAAUAAUUUAUCAAUAAUAAUUCUAGAAUAGUUUGGAUAAGGAUAGAUUAUUUAAUUUGGAGGAUAUGUUGAUUUAACUUAAAAUAAACAUUGAUGAUAUUAAAAAUGGACUUUCAAAUGAUGAUCUUUUCAAAGAGUUUUCAAAUUUAUUUUGA